AUGACCUGCAGCACUGUGUGUAGACAACGGCGGAUUAGUAUGCGGAGCCUCCUGAUUAUUGCAGGUUCAUGUCUCUGUGCAGUCACCUUAUCUGGAUGCGACACGCAGUGUAAGCAGGAACUUCAGGCUGAUCGCAUUAAGCUUCACUUAGAGCAAGUGGCACAUGAGGAGUGCAAAGGGAACGCAACUGAGUUGCACCACCAAUUGGGCAGUUGUAAUCGAAACAUUGGAAAGUGCAACGAACAAAGGAGCGAGGUCUUGUCUGAUUUGAAUCAACAGUUGGACGAUUGCCGCGCAAGUUUCAAUUUCCAACCCGAAGCGCCAAUGGUAGAUGAUUAUGAUGAUAAUCGCUCGUGGCACCAAUACGACGCCAUAUUCGAUGUUCGAUCAUUGUCGAAAGACAGAAGCAUCGAGUGGCCUGUAUACAGUGCGGGUGACGCUCUUGAUGAAGUCCGUCGCGACAGCCCGUUGAUUUGUAUCACUGGCAAGUUCAAUUCCGGAAAAUCGUUCUUAGCGUCCAAGUUAUACGGCGUGUCCUUGCCAGUUGGCGACACGGUGCCCACUGUGGGGCUCAGCGUUGCUUGCCUGCAGGUCCCAAACCAACCCUACCAAGAUUGCCUCAUCGAUUCGCAAGGCUUUUCAACCCCCGUUGGGCCUGAUGACCGUGGCGAGAGGCUUCAUGAGAAGUUGCUUCAGGAUUUGCAGACUGACAUCUGUUUGCAGUCGGCCGACAUGGCAAUCUGGGUUGUCGGCGAAGGUAUCACCAGUCACGAGCAGGACAGAAUGAAGGGCUUCAGGCUGGAAAGGAGCAGUGCUAUGCUGAACAGGCACGGUGCUACGUUGGUGGUGGUUCACAGCUUCCGGACAGCUACUUCCAAGAAGCAAUUGGAUGACAUGUGGGAGCGGUUUGCGUUGGAGGCAUAUCCAGACAUGUCCAUUCAGUACGUAAACGGGUCUGUUCCGUACAUGUAUGGAGAGACGCAGUUGUUGCCACCUGAAGAGGACACGAUCUAUGAGUGUGAUUCAGAGGGACAGAGGCAGACAAGUAGCACAUCUCAAGGCACAGUGACACACUUUGCAUUAGCGAAUGAAGGCAGCAGCUUCGGAAAAGGAUACAAUAACGCUGUACGUGAAGCCAUUUUUGAUUUCAUACGAAUACAGCGGCUGCGCACAGACAAAUCAGGUUGGACAAUCAUGAACCGGAUCAUGGCUCCAUUGCGAGAGGAUGGGCACAGGGGUCUCAUCAGCAAGAAAUACAUCGAUGACGCACGUUUUAGGAAGAGCGGGCGUGCACCACAGUGGACAGUCUCUGACGCCCUCAACGAGAGCGACUCGUAUCGGAACCUUUGCCAGAACCGAAGUGAUGUGUCAAUCAAGACGUGCACACAUGCAUUUGGCAAUGUCCCCUUUGCUCGGAAAAUGACCCUCAAUUGGCCACCUGAUGCUGAAUUAUCUUAUCUAGUGGCGGAUUACGUUACAAUGCGGCAAGAGGAUUACAGCUCCAAUAUGCAACGGAGCGACACAAUCCAAGAACAGGUGUGCGAAGUGAGUGCCACUGGGGAGCGCAGGGUGGUCAUUCAGCUCCCUGGUUGCAGCACGCUCAGUGUAACGGCAGACUCCAUCAAACAAAAGGCGACAGUUCUGUGCGGGCGGACUCAGCAAGCUUUUGGUGGGGUGCCACCCCGAGCAUUUGCCGCCAGAACUGAGGAGUUCGAAAAGAACGCAAGGCGUGGCGAGCAAUAUUUGGGCCAUCGCUACGUGGAUGGCCUUUUAAUUCUCACAUUCGUCAACGGCGAGCUGCCCCUCGGCGUGGAACAAUCUGACUUCUUCUGGCGACUCUGUUCGAAGGUAUGGCCUUCUUUGCCACUCUUUCAGAUUGACCCACAUAGACGUGUUAAGAUGUUCCAAUUUGUUUGUCAGGCCAUCGUCUCUGUAGUCGGAAUGUUGGUCGCCGUUUGUGUCCGGCGUCUCAACCAAGGCGAAACCUGCCCCCAAAACUACGAAGCUCGCCCAGAUUCUGAUAUCCUUCAGCCUCCAGAUCGGAUCUCUGUCGAAAUGAUCACCCCGCUCACGGAUUAUGUGUGGAACAUGGCCUCCAAAGAGAGCGGCGGUGAUUUGGCCAGGUUCUACCCCUCGGUGGUUUUCAGUUAUGCCACGGGUCGGCGCGAGGGGGACGAAGAUGGUGUAGGCCCUGGACUGUACUGGACGGCGAAAUUGCAGCAGGUCUUAUUCGAGGCGGCGGGGGUCCCAUCGUUCUCUGGUCUAACUUUGUCAGCGGGCAGGCCAUGGAAGGAUUUCAUGUGGCGGCUUGAUAAGAAGCUAUGCCCCAAAGGGUCCAAUGUAGCAAAGGUGUUGGUAGUGCUGCUGACCGAGGCGCUGCUCAAGUCGAAGCCAUGCUUGGAGGAAGUUGCCACUGCAUGCAGAAACAACAUACCUUUGAUUGUUCUUAGAUUCGACGACGACUGCAACUUACGCAACAAAUGGACCAACCUCGAGGAUGACGAUCGCCGCAGAAGGUGGUUACAAGCUAUUGGAGACAAGCUUGACAGUCAGCACAUUCCGUCGGCAGGGAAGUUCUACGAUGCCUGGUCUGACUCUCAUCUGAGCUGUUUCCUUCAGAGCGUGGGCAACAUAGUAGGACAUAAGUUUUUGCACGAGAGGUAUUCCACGACGAGGGCUUCGACAGACGGCGCCGACAGCGGCGCGCCUGUCCAGGCGCAGCCCGACAGCCUCGCGGCGUUCGUGCCCGAGGCCUCGGCAGCGGGGUUCGAAGCCGGGUGGUUUAGACGGUGA